AUGCCAGCUUCGGGCUCCUACGGCAGGCCUGUCAAAAUGCUCUCCCUCCUCACACUCACCACCCUCUUCUCCGCAGCCCUUGCGGCCGCCGUCCCCGCCGUCUCAAUCGACGAGCGCUCCCUCGCCCGCCGCGCCCUCUCCGGCGAAGCCACCUUCUACGGCGGCAAUGUCCACGGCGGCAUGUGCUCCUUCAGCACCUACAACCUCCCCAAGGGCCUCUACGGCACCGCGCUCUCCGACUCCAACUGGAACAAUGGCGCCAACUGCGGUGGUUGUGUCAAAGUCAGCCAUGGCGGGAAGAGCAUCACCGCUAUGAUCGUCGACCAGUGUCCCGGCUGUGGACCUAACCACCUUGAUCUGUUCCCUGACGCCUUCAGCAAGCUCGCUCCGCCCAGCCAGGGCAUUAUUGGUACCAACUGGCAUUACGUCAAGUGCCCGCACAUCUCCGGACCGCUGUCGAUCCACAUGAAGUCUGGCGUGUCGAAGUACUGGUUCUCGGCCCAAGUCGUCAAUGCCAACCACCGCGUGUCGAAGAUGGAGGUCUCCACGAACAAGGGACGGUCGUGGCAGUCGGCGAAGCGGACGGAAUACAACUUUUUUGAGAUCUCAUCAGGGGUGGGAGCCAGCAGUGCUUGGAUUCGUGUUACGAGCAACACUGGUCAUUCGGUCGUCGUACAGAAUGUGCCGAUGACCGCCAAUGCGACGAAGAAGGCGAAGAAGAACUUCAAGUAA